GGGCACGGUGGCCUUGUUGCUGUGGUUGCCUUUUUUCCCAUUGACCUGGUUGCUUGUUUCUCUCGCGAGAUCUGAAGGAGAAGAGAGUGGGAGAAAGAGUACGGAGGCGGUUAUUUGCUCUUUGUUUUCCUACUCAGGCUAAAGUGGACAGCAAAGCAGGAAAAUGUGUGCCGUGCAGCUGCUCAGGGUGACGGUACAUGAGCGGAUCACCGCUGCUGCUGAAGACUUUCUGCUGUUUCUGGAAACCAGAAAAGAAACAGCUGAAAUCCCGGACCUCAGAACGCUGCUCAACCAGCGGCUAACUGCGGCUGCGGAGGAGAUUUUAGGGCUGUUUGAGAAAACCGUAGCGGAAUAUGAGGACAAAGUUCACCAGUCAGAGAAAGAGAUGUGCCGCCAGAGGAACCUGCUCAACAUCGUUCUGAACCCCGAAGUCAAGCUGCACAGGGCAGUGUUGCCUCAGCAGCUGAUGGUGAUUAAAGAAGAGGUUCCCCCUGAGCAGCAGGAGUGCAGCCCCAGUCUGGACCAGGAUGAGCCAGAGCACCAACACAUUAAAGAGGAACAGGAGGAACUCCCAACCAGUCAGGAGAGAGGGCAGCAUCAAAGCAUGCAGGAGGCUGAUAUCACCAAGUUACUUUUCACUCCUGUCACUGUGAAGAGUGAAGAUGAUGAAGAGAAAGCUGAGUCCUCACAGGGUUAUCAAAGGCCAACUGAGGAGAACGGGGAAGCAGAGCCUCUAUCAAGCAGCUCAUCUGAACACAUAGAGACAGAAACUGAUGGAGAGGACUGUGUAGGAUCAGAACCAGCUAGGAACUUAGAUCCAGUUGGUGAAUUACAACCAGCUAUUGAUGGCCAGCUCCUCUCUUCACACUCUUCUGAACCUGAGACUGAGGACAGUGAAGAUGACCAGGGAGAGACCAGAGAAUGUGCGUCUUGUUUUAAAACAUCAAAUGAUACCCUUUUCAGUCAUGAUAGAUCUAAUAUUGUGGCAAAACCAUCUUUGUGUUUGAAGAGGAAACACACAGGAGAGAAGCCAUUGAGUUGCUCUGUUUGUGAUAAGAAUUGUAAACACAGAGUAAACUUCAAAAUACACAUGAUGAUGCACAAGAGAGCGAAACCAUAUAGCUGCUCUGUCUGUGGCAAAAGUUUUACACUGGAAGUAAACUUAGAAGCACACAUGAGAGUCCACGCAGGAAAGAAACCAUUUAGCUGCUCUGUCUGUGGUGAAAGUUUUACAAAGAAACAAAGUGUUAACAUACACAUGAGAGUCCACACAGGAGAGAAACCAUUCAGCUGUUCAGUCUGUGGUAAAAGUUUUACAUUGAAACAGAAUGUCAGUGCACACAUGAGAAUCCACACAGGAGAAAAACCAUUCAGCUGCUCAGUCUGUGGUAAAUGUUUUACAGAGAAACAGAAGGUCAACAGACACAUGAGAAUCCACACAGGAGAGAAGCCGUUCAGUUGCUCAGUCUGUGGUAAAUGUUUUACAGAAAAACAAAAGGUCAACAGACACAUGAGAAUCCACACUGGAGAGAAACCGUUCAGCUGCUUGUUCUGUAGUAAAGGUUUUACACGAAAAGAUGACUUCAACAGACACAUGACAAUCCAUACAGGGGAGAAAUCAUUCCACUGCAGUGUGUGUGGGAGAAGUUUCAGGAGACGUGAACAUGUUAGAAGCCAUAAGUGUGCUGGUGAGAGCAGCAGCAGGUGAAGCUGCAGAACUGCUGCUUGAACUCAGUUGUUCAACAAAUUACAGGGCAAUUCACCAGAGUCACUUGAUUACAGUCCAGCAUUCAGGAGGAAACGCAAACUCCUCUAGUCAAUGUUGUGGUUAGAGAUGCUGCCACAUCUGGACACUUCUUAUACACAUCUUGUGUUAAUGUAGACUCACAUUAGAGGGAAGGACAGAUGGGAGGGACUGUUUUUGAAAAUAUAAUAAAAUAAUAGUAUGCUUUAUAAUGUAAUAUAUUGCUAUGAAAUGAACAUCUGUGUUUCUUCAUGAUGUGAUUUUGUAGAUGCAAACAUGGCCAUGGCCUUCAGUAUGUAACAAUAUUUGUGAUUACCAUCUUUGAGGAGUGUGGCUGUUUUUUUCCUGUAUUAUUGUGGUCAGUCCUCUCAUGCAUCUUUCA